CUGGAAAAACAAUAUCGCGUUCAGCAUGAAGCAAAAGAUCACGAUCAGUCUGCCGAUAAACGUGGAUAAAUGUCGGGCAAAGGCUAUGAAAAUUGCAGUGGGUGUUGCAGGAGUGAUCUCGGUUAACAUAGAUGAAGCGAAAAGCCAAUUGGUGGUGAUCGGUGUGGGGGUUGAUUCAUUUGUGUUGAUAAAAUGCUUGAAGAAGAAAUUCAAAUGUGCCAGCAUUUUCUCCAUUGAAGAAGUGAAACCACCACCACCACCAGCGAAGGAUGGUGAUAAGAAGAAAGAUGGUGAUAAGAAAGAUGGUGAAAAGAAAGAUGGUGAUAAGAAGGAUGGUGACAAGAAGGAUGGUGAUAAGAAGAAGGAAGGAGAGAAGAAGAAAGGUGAUGAUUGCUGUAAACCUUGUCCUUGUCCUUGUCCUCCCCCUAAUCCAUGCUUGCAGUACUACCCGGUUUGCCAACCCGUUUAUGACCCAUAUCCACAAACCGGCUGCUCCAUUCUUUGAAGUCUUGAAAAUGGAGUAAACUUCAAGAAACAAAACUUUGACUUCAUUUAAUUUCUACCAUUCUAUCUCUCCCAACAAUUUGUUAAUAAAACUCACUUUGCAUUUUUCUUCCAAAAGACUGAACCCCAAUCCUAAGGGCCCCCACACCUCGACCCGACAGAGCAUUUGAGAGGAAACUCACUUUGCAUUAUUGUAUGGUUGUAUGGUUGUGUUUAUUUUAAAUUUCUAUUUUGCUUUUCAAAUUUUAACUUCUCUAGUUCCGUGGUUUCCAGAUGUACAAGAAAAUGUAUUCUUUUUUUAUUUCUUUAAAAAUUAAAGAU